UCGUGUUUCCGUGAUUAUCUCUCCUUCACGUCUCACGGCGGCUGCGCGCUGCUUGUCGCGCGCCCUGGAUGUCGCCUGUGAUCUCCCCUCCAUCUCUUCAGGAAGCGACGAGCACCUCCACGACGACAUGGCAGAACCACCUAGAGAAUCUGUUCCACCAAGCGAAGGAGCGGUUCCCGGAUGUCGUGUGGGAGCUGAACGAUGGAGUUAAUGUUGACGAAGUGUGGGGGCACAAAGCCAUCGUGUACGCGCGCGCACCACCGAGCUUCCAAAGUCGAUAUUUUUCCUUUCGUCCUAAUCCCGCGCCUUCGCCACUCCCUUACUCAGCACAGGGAUCAUACCUCUCUCUAGAUGGCGCGGACAGGGAAUAUCCUCGAACCCCCUCUCCAGCAUCUGCUGCCGCGCGUGCCACGUCCCCUUCGCCGUCCACCAACGGCGGUAUUCUCCGAAUUCAGACUGCGAUUAAUCCGACCCUCUUUUCCAAUGAGCUCGAAUACCUCUACACCGGACAAGGCUUCGGCGAGGCAUUCGAAUUUCUCUUUGACGCAACAGAGAACGCGGAUGGAGAGGAGAUCGACCCGCAGGAGUUGCGCAUCGACAAGCUACGCAAGGACCUGGUAUUCAUGUGGCGCUCCCGCCUCUACUCCGACAUCAAGAUAGCCCUCACGGGCACGUUCUCAUCCACAAACCACGAGACAUCGACCGCGGUGUUCUCUACACACCGCUUCAUCCUCGUGUCGCGUUGUCCAUACUUCUACAAUGCCCUGCUCAACUGGCCAAAGCACGCAGGCACCCAGACGCUCACUCUGCCUUCCCCCCCUUUCACGCCUGCCUCAUUGCACUUCACCCUCGGAUUCAUCUAUACCGGCACACUCAUCUUUUCCAACCGCUCUUACGACCUCGACACCGCAUUCGCGAUCAUGCGCAGCGCAACUUAUCUCUCCCUGCAAACGCUCUAUGACGAAAUUCAAGCACGCAUCGUUCAAGAGAUGAUGCACGGCCUCUUCCACGCAUUCCUCGAGUUCUCCGAAUACGAGCGUCUCACAGGCGGGCGAUGGGGAACUGGUGGAUGCCGCUGUCGCCAAUGCGCCCGCCGCGCGCCGCGCGUGCUGCAAUUUUCAAUAGCCGACGACGUCAAAAACCAGCAUCUGGACCGAGGCGCCCGUCGUGCCCUCGUUGGCCUCUUCGGCGAAGGAUGGCUGACAACGGAAUUCGCCCUCCUACCGCAGAAGCUACGAGAGAACCUUCUCAAGGGCGUCGGCAAGCGAACGACACCACAGAAUGUCUUCGCGCUUCUCUUCGCGGUUGAGCAUGCACUUGGCAAGGCGAAAUCCAUGAUCGAUGCUUGGGUUGACAUAGUUCGCGAGAUGCUCCUUGCCGGGCGGAAGGUCAUCGACGAGCUCCUUUGCGAGAAGGGAGAAGCGUGCUUCGCCCAACGAGAGUGGAUGGAGAUGAUGGAAAACGACGGUGUGGGCUUCAACGACACCGAGCGCGUGGACUGGACCAUGAACGCUGUACUCCGCGGUCUUUCUGACCGUACGGCAGCAAUGGUUUACCAGGUCUUGGUUUCGAACAUACUCCUCCUUCCCCACCAUACAGAGCCAAAUGCUGCCAUGCUUUCGCAUACAUCUGCCAUCAGACAAAGGGUGGAGCACACAAGGCUAGACGUCCUGCGCUUCAUCCGCAAACGUUGGCUCGGCAUCCGUCAAGAGGGCGGCUUCGAUGAUCUCGAGGGUUGGGCGCUCAAGGAGAUCAGCGACAACAUCGAAGUCCCUCUCGAGGACCUGCUGCUGCCUGUGAACCAGGCAAAGUCGCCUACGCCGUAUUCGCACGGGAACAGGUUGACAGUGCGCAACUCGACACGCGACAACGAGAGCUUCAACGACUCUAUCAGCAUGCACUCCUCAAUGCGCGUCUCAGUUCUUAGCAAGCAGGUCACUGGCAAGCGUAGCAUCACCCCUACGAGUGCAGCUGCAAGUGUGCGCAGCGGGAUCUCGCGGACCACUACCACUACCACUACGACCGCCGCCAGGCGUCGCAUGGUAUCUGCAGGCAAGGAGAAGGAUGAGCGCCCGGACUCGAAGCUCACGCCCUCCGAAGCGGCGCCUUCGCGUCCAUCCUCUUCAGCGUCCAACUCGAUGGAUGUCGACGGUCCGGAUGAGUCUGGGGAGCAGGAAACGCAUACAACACCCACUGCUGCAUCUCGCGUCACCCGUCCGCGUCCCAGUAAUGCGUCUGUCAAAUCGACGACCUCCAUCUCCACCUUGCGAAAAGUACGGAGCCCCUCCGCCACCACCGCCACCUCGCGUCCAGCACUGUCGACCGCGCGUUCCGCGUCUCGAGUGUCGAGUGCCAGUCGGGCCUCCACUUCAACGACGAGCACUAGGCCGCUCUCUCGUGUGUCCACCGCGAGCACUAGUACUACCGGGGAUACGGCUUACAAGACGGCGCCCACCGCCCCGACCGCGGGAACGCGUUCGCGGCGCACAUCAGUAGCUUCGUCGACUAGUACUGCGACUACAGCCACCACUCGCUCCCGUCGGCCUAGCGGAGGCUCUACUACAUCACCUAGAGCAGCCGCCAAGAAGCCUGUCGUACCACCAGUCCCUGCGCUGGACUCGUCGAAAUCCACUCCCUCUCCGAGAAAGCCCUCAUCUUCGUCGGUCACGCCCUCUGUGCGCUCGAGCGUGUCCAACGUGCGACGAGCGGGCGCGGCUUCGACGCCUGCAGGCAAGCCUGCGCCGGAGAAGAAAGUCUUGUCGUCAUCGACAUCCGUCAAAUCGCUGAUAAAAUCGAUUGAGGAAGGCGCAGCGGCAGGCGCAGGUCAAACGUCCAGCAGCAUCACCAUCAAGCCGACCAAGUCCACCAAGCCCACGGCCGCUCAGCAGGUCGUCGAAGCCCAUCGCAAGUCUGGGAGUGGUGCGUCAGCCGCCACCUUGAAGCGCAAGGGAUCGACCGAUACGAUUGGGACUAUCAAGAAGCCCAUUCAGCCUGCCUCGCCGCAACCGCGCGGGGCUACGCUCGAAAUCGGCAUUCCGUGCAUAAUUUCGUCGAAGCGCAAGCGCUUCAAGGCGUUCGCGCGGUACAUCGGCGAAGUGGAGGGCGAGGUUGGGCCUUGGGUGGGCGUCGAGGUUCCUAUACCCAGCGGCGUUGGGGAUGCGACUUCCCCAGAACCAGGCGCAGUUGGAGGACGUCAAUGGAAUGACGGUACUUGGGGUGGCAUCCGCUACUUUGAGCUCGGUGGACACGGCGGUGGGAGCGAAUGGGACUACUACGGCGACGACAGCAUGUCGCGCGCCGCGCGCCGGAGGCGGUUGGACGCUAGUGGGAGCAGCUGGACCACUCGUGGAGCCAAGCGGGAGGCGGGCGACCACCUGGGGGUGCAUGCGAAGCGGAUGCGCAGUGUGAGCCCGGCCCCAUCUGAUUCGUCAUGUGGGGAGACGCGGGGGCUCUUCGUGCGGCCACAGCAGGUGCUGUACGUGGUCGACGCUGUGGGUGUAGAUUUGUGAAGGCUAGUCGGUGGUACUAGUGGGACUCGUUCGACGUUCGACGACUUUGCUCUCCCCUGUCAACAAACGCUUUCCUUUACCAUGCGUUCGUCGUCUAUGCAUAUCCUUGCUGUUCGUUCAUGCUGCGAUAACGUCUUUUCAUCCUAUUAUUAUGGGCUUUUUCCUCUUUCUCCUUGUCAGCGCUGACUUGACUGAUACCUAUUCGUGUGUUACCCCUCCCUCCAUGUUACCCUCUCUCGCUGACCACCAGAUAAUCGUUCCUCUCGACGCUUCGUUUCUAGUUGUUAUCUGGGGUGUACUUCUGCCUUCUCCAGCUACCUGUACAGCGUCGCUCUUCCUUACUAUUUGUUGGCUAUGCGACGGGGCCAUAUACACAGUACACACUCCUUGGUAAUGUUCAUCGCUUUCUCCUGUC